AUGUCAUUAAAAUAAAAUGUAAUAAAAAGCCUAAUUGUUCAAACCAAAGAAAUUUAAAAUUAAAUUUAAGAUCAGGCAUUAUAAAUGAUAGGUAAAUCUUAAAUAUAUAAAGGUGAUUAAUCAUAUGGUUUACUUAAUUUUUAGAUUUGGAGUUAAAAGAAAACACAAAUCACUUUACUAAAAGAAUAAUAGUAUAUUGAUCCAGAAUAACUAGAGAAAUUAGAUGAAAAUGAAAACUAAAAUAAUAAUUGGAACUUGUUUAGAAUAUUUCAAGUAAUUGCACCAGAAGAACCUAAAAAGAUCUUUUGGGACUUAGUUGGAAUGGGAUUCAUUUUCAUAUAAAUGAUAUUGAUUCCUUUAAUUCUUACAUUUAGUUUAGAUCUAGAUGAUGGUUUUAGUAUAUUUGACAAUAUUAUGGAUUGUUAUUUUAUUGUUGAUAUUGUAUUACAAUUUUAAACAGGUUACUAUAACAAGUAAAUAAUAUAAAUUAUUAUAGAGGUAAUUAUAUCAGUCAAAGAAGAAUGAUUGCUUUAAACUAUUUAAAGUUAUGGUUUUGGUUAGAUUUGAUAUCUUCAUUUCCUUAUGAUGCAAUAAUAUCCUUAACUAUUGAAGAAGACAAUUAAUAAGAAAUAUAAAGAAAUACUUAAAUAAUUAAAAUAAUGAGGGUUCUAAGAUUUGUUAAAGUUAUCCGAUUGAUGAGGGCACUUAAACUUAAAAAGAUUAUUAAUUAAAUUGAAGAUUCCUUAUCUUUAGAUAAAUCUAUAACCUCAUUUAUAUAAUUCUUAAAGAUUUGUCUUAUAAUUUUGUGUUUAUCGCAUUGGUUAGCAUGCAUUUGGAAUGCCAUCAGAUUGUUUUAACCAAAUUAAUAAGAUUGGUAUUCCUAAUAUGUUGUUAAUUACUAUCAAAAAUUGGAUAAUGAUCCUAAUUAUUGGUUUAAUUAAUAUGUAGCUGGAAUUUAUUUUAGGUAUAUCUCAAAUUAUAUAAGAAAUAAAGCAUAACAACAAUGAUCACUAUUGGUUAUGGAGACAUUUCACCAAAAAAUACUAUUGAAAGAUCUUUUGGUGUAUUUGUGAUGAUUUUAGCUUCUGGAGUAUUUGGAUAUGUCAUGAAUUCUAUUGUCUUAUUAUUUUAGAAUACAAACGAAUCUCUAGAAGAAUUACUCAAUUAAAAUGAUUCUGUCAAAAAGUUAAAACUUUUAAUUUAUAUUAGAUAUUUAAAACAAAAAUGUAUUCAUAAAUCUCUUUAAGCCAGAAUUAAGAAUUAUUCAGAAUGGUUAAUCGAGGAUGAAUAAUUGCAGAAAGGAUAUGCAAAUAAUACAUUGGAAAAACUAUCAUUGCCUUUAAGAAAUUAAGUUACUUAGUUGGUACAUGGUAAUAUGAUGAGCUAAAUUAAAUUCUUAAGAAAAAAUUUUUCAUCACUUUUAUUAAAGAAAUUAGCUUUCAUUUUUUAAGAAGAAAGUAUUAAAAAACAAAAUAUUAGUAUAUAAUCCAGAAGAUUGGAUAAUUAAGCAUGACGAUCCUAUAAAUGAUUCUACAUCAAUUUAUUUUAUUCUUAAUGGAAGAGUAUCAAUAUGUUUACCAAAAACAAAAGGAAUAAUUGAUAUCCAUGAAUUAACAAAAAAAUAAUAUUUUGGAGAAAUAUCAUUUUUUGCUAAUGUUCCUAGAUGUGCAUCAGUAAAAGCUAGAAAUUUUAUAAAUAUUUUUCGAUUAUCAAGAAAACAUUUUAUUGAAUUAUGUGAAAGAGAAGAUUUAGAGCAAUUUUUUUAAUUAAAAUUUAAUAUUGAAUUUGAAUAAAAAUUAACAGAUUUAAAUAUUUAAUGUUUUGUAUGUUCAGGAGAUAAUCAUACUGCUAAAUAUUGCCCUAAUACUCAUUAUGUAAUCAAUAAAUAUGAUAGAAUUAAUAUUAUUGAGAAAUAUAAUUAUUAAAUCAAAUUAAUGAUAAAUUCUAAAAGGAGAUUACGUAAAAAAACAAGAACAUUUACAAAUUUUAAUAAAAAUCAAAAAGCUUUUCAAUAAAUAACAUCUGAUCUUUAUACUCUUGAAAAAUAUUUAAAUUCUUUUAAAAAAAAUAAAUUAACUACUCUUAGAAUUAAAGAUUCAUUUAAAACAGAUUCAAUAAAAGAGUAUACUAAUUUUAUUCCAUAUUCUAAUUUAAGAUCAAUUGCAAGAUUAUAAAAUUAUAAUGCAGAAAUAUAUGCUGAAACUGUUAGAUAAUUAAAAGAAUAAGAAAAAAAAAAUAAAUUAAAAAGUAAAUUUGUUAAAAUCUUAUAAAAUAAAUAAGAAAAAAGAUCUUCAUAGUAAUCAUAAAAAGAAUCUACAAAUAAAUUUUCAAAACUUAUUUUAGAUUUAACAAAAAUUAAAUAAUAAUAAAAAUAGGAUGAAUUAUCUUAAACAAUAGAAAAAAUAGAAUAAAAUCAUCAUCAAUAAAAAUUAUCAAGGCUAACAUCUCCAAAAAAUAAUAAUUUAGCUUUUAAUAGAACAACAACUAUUAAUAAUAAUUGUUAUAGAAAUAAUAGAAAAUUAAAAAGAAUGCGUAGAAAUAGUUUCUUAAAUGAAUAGAAUGAAAUUAAUCAAUUCCAAGAAAUUAUUGAUGUAAUUCCUGAAGAUGCUUUAGAAAGUCCAGUUUAACUUUUAAAUCCAACAAAAUCUAAUAAAUUAAUCCUAAAGCCAUUAAAAUUAUUUAAAUCUACAGAAUCAACUAUGAUGCUAUCAAUACAAUCUCCUAAUCUUUAAAUAGAAAAAUAAAAAAAAAGAAGUUAAUCAAUAGAUUAAAUUAAUACAAUAGAUUAUGGAUUACAAAAUUAUCAUAAAUAAUUUCUCGAAAACAUGAUUUAUCUUGUUUUAAACUAUAAACUUCAAGAUUGUAAAUGA